CACACACACUCCUUCCUCCCGCACACACAUAACUUUACAGUGGACCACGGGGCUCACAAAGCGCCGUGCCGACCCUCCAGAGAAGCCGCUACCCAGCCCUCUCCCGGCCAAAGGAAAUGAAGAGGAGGCUACACAAGAAAUACUUGGUUUUGAUCCUGGCAUAUUCAGGUUUACUGUUGCUAAUCCCGUACGUGUUAGAUUACCGGGAUAAAUCCGUUCAACACGCCAAACAUGGACUACCGCAGCAACAGCCCAGAUGCCCAGAUUUGGAGAACACAGUGGCGCUGCUGUGGGAUAACGGUUACAAAGUUAACGGCAGCGACGCGACGGAGCACGCAGUCAACCGGAGCCAGUCUCGGAUACACAUCUACCUGCAUGCCACCUGGAGGACCGGCUCGUCGUUUUUGGGGGAGCUGUUCAACCAGCACCCCGAUGUUUUCUACCUGUACGAGCCCAUGUGGCACAUAUGGCAGGCUCUGUACCCGGGGGAUGCGGGCAGCCUCCAGGGCGCAGUGCGGGACAUGAUGAACGCGCUCUACCGCUGCGACUUCUCCGUCCUCAAACUUUACGCAGGCUCCCAAAACAUCACCACCUCGUUCAUAUUCGGCUGGAAGAUGAACAAGGUGAUCUGCUCGGAGCCGCUGUGUGACGCGCACAAACGGCACGAAAUCGGGCUGGUGAAGGAGGACCAGUGCGCAAAGUGCCAAAAGCGGGACAUCAGGGAGCUGGAGAAGGAGUGCAAAAAAUACCCGGUGAUGGUGAUCAAAGGAGUGCGCGUUUUGGACCUGAGCACGCUGGUUCCUUUGAUGAAAGACCCGGCGAUAAACCUCCAGAUCAUUCAGCUCUUCCGAGACCCGAGGGCCGUGCACAACUCCCGUUUGAAAUCCAAGCAGGCCCUGGUGAAGGAGAGCAUCCAGGUGCUGAGGAGUAAGAAGCAGACCGACAAGUACAAGCGGCUCCUGGUGCCGAACAACAGGGUGAACCGGGCUGAGAGCUACGUCUCCAGCGCCAUGGAGCUCAUCUGUGACAACUGGCUCAGUGACAUGUUGCUGGUGAUGAACGCGCCUCCCUGGGUGAGGAGGAACUACCUCCGCAUCCGAUACGAGGACCUGGUCCUGCACCCCAUGGAGGAGCUCCAGAGGCUCUUCCGAUUCUCUAACCUCUCCAGCUCCUCGGCUCUGGAGAAGUUUGCGCUUAACAUGACGCACGGACAGGGCUAUUCAUCGGACAGGCCGUUCCUGAUAUCAUCAAGGGAUGCAAAAGAGGCUAUAUAUGCCUGGAGGGAGCGACUCAAUGUUGAGCAGAUCAAUCAGGUGGAGGCCUACUGCAGCGAGGUCAUGAGGCAGCUGGGCUACCAGAAAAACAGCAUGGAGAAAACAACAUGAUGUGCAGUGAGGAAUCAACGGGUUCAGGGGUCUGGUAUUCAACGCUGAGGGCAAAAGGUGGAAUAAAAAAACAAGCAGCUGGAAUGCGGUCCACUGGGAGCUCACGAGUACGGCUCUUAGGUUGUUAUUUCUUCGACCGAGGCAGGUCAACGAACUGGAGAAAAUCCAAGUGGAGAGAGCAUCCAAUCACAGACACAUGAAUUUUGAGACGGAGGGAGAGAAGGCAGCUUUUUUCUUUUUGUUUCACAGUGUUACAUGUUUAACACCAGCAGGGUCUAAUGCAGAUAGAGAGAACGCAGGGAAGGGAAUUAAACAAGAAGAGAGGCUGGUUUGUGCUGCUGUUACACCGGCCGGCCUCUAUCCUUCUGUCCUUUUAGUAGCACUAAUCCCUCCCCAAAUCCCCUGCAGGCGAGUGCCAUAAAAAGCCAGAGAUGGGUCCUUCUUGGGAGAUGACUGCCAGGAUCCAGGAUGGCAGUGACAGUCCGUGCUCACCUGCGUGGCUUUAUCCGUCCUGCCUGCGACUAAGAGUGGCAGUAAUCUUGAGCAUUACUGAUACUUAACUGUAGUAGGCUCACUAACAAUGUCGAUGUAGAGCUUUGAAAGAAGAAACUACAGUAUUUUCUGGAAAGGAGGCCUGACUGAGGAACUAUUGUUCCACCCCCGGCCCCUCAGGAAUCCAGACAGCUGCAGCGCCCCACUGACAAAACACUCACAUGGGUGUGAAAUUUUCUAAUAUCCCACGGGCACGUCUUGGAGAGCUGCCUCUGUCCUCCGCCAAUGAACUUCUUUUUAGCAACUUUUCACAAACACGACAGACGGUACUGAUUCAUUUUGUGUAUUCUUACUGUUUCUAGUUUUUGUCUAAUAUACUGUAAAAUGCUGUGACAUCCCUCCGGCUAAGGAUGUGUGUAGGAGGGGUAGAAGGUCGACCAGCAUCCACGUGUUCAACUUUAGAAGUUGGUUCUGUAAUAAUUGUUCUGGGUGGAAUACCUGAAGAAGUUCUCUUGUCAAAGAAGGAAAUAACUUUAAGAUUAUUUAAACUGACCUCAAUAAAGAGCUAGUAAAGACUAGAGAAGAGUCUCCAGAGGAAAAUGAGUGUGAUUGCUAUUAAGUUUGCAUACUGGCCAAGAUACAACGACAAUAGCACCUAUGGGGAUUGAAUUCAAAUAUUAAUAACUCAGAGCGUAAAGUACAUCAACUUGUAAAAUUUAUAUUAGGUUUAAUGCUGAGAGAAAAAGCACGAAAGAAGUACGCAGGUCAAUGUGAGUGCAUUUGCAGUCUAACUUAAUAGUGCGUGUCAGUUAAAGGAACACUUCACCCCCAAAAUGAUUAUUUGUAUAUCAGUUACUCACCCUGUGUUGCAUUGAAUUUGCAAAUAAAGCUUUGUUUUUCUCACAUGCCUCCACGGUGAACAAAGAAUUCAAAAACAAAAAAAAAAUCUUUAUGAAUUGAAGUCAUUGGGGUCCAUGGUUAACAACAGCAAAACUAUAUCAAAACAUCUGUUUACAAACUCUCACACAACUUGUGCAGUGUAAUCCAAGUCUCAGUUAUCCAGUCAUAUGCUCAGUACUUCCAAGACUGGGAAACAGACAGCCGUUUCCGAUAGGGGGGCUAAACUAAAAGUGAAAUGUAUCUAUGCUCUCCUCAAUGCCAGACUCCACUGACAAAAACAGUAAUUUUACCUCGCUGAACACAGGAGCUGCUGGUGUUCCAUUGCCUUGAUCAGGUUGUGUGUUUGUGUUAUUGUGUGACUUCGGUGAAUCUGAACUAACCCUUUAAAACUCCAAAGUCACACAAUAACACAAACAAGCUAACUAA